CGGCCAUGAUUUCCGACAUACUAACGUAUUACGGGUAGGGACAGAAGGAAAAUGGCCGGUUAGCGUGUGUUCGUCGGUGUUGUCGAAGGCGGUGUAGAUUUUGGUCAACCUAUUUCGUUCAACAUUCACGAAUAUAUGGCUAAAUUUGCUCAUGGAGUAAAGUAAAUUUUUAUACGGAGGUAACUUUUAUGCAUCGGAAUUAAAGUGAACCAAUAUGGCAAGCCCUUCGCCACAAUCAUCUCCUAUGCCUCCGCCGCAAGCACCAAGCCCUAUGGGUCCCCCUCAACAAGCACCAUCACCAUCUAAUCCACAAGGUAGCCCGAUGGGUCCACCACAGCAUCAUCCUCAUAGUCCAACACAACCAUAUCAAACUGGUCCAUCGAUGCAACCUGGAGGUCCACCAAUGUCUCAACCACCUCAGCAACCUCCACCCCAACAACAGAACUAUUCAUCGCAUCCGCAACAAAUGCAACCCAACAUGGGUCCACAGAACCAAGGUGGUCCUGGCGGUCCAGUCGGUCAGAAUUCUAAUUCUCAGCAAGGUCAUUCUCCUGGAGGACCCAUGGUUCCAGGUCAGAUGGGACCGAAUGGGCCUCAAGGAACAUCUCACAUGAUGCAGUCUGGUCCGAAUCAAAUGGGUUCUAACGGUCCAGGUCAAAUGGGUGGCGGUGGGCCUGGUCAAAUGGGCCCGGGAGGUCCCGGUCAGAUGGGUCCAGGAGGUCCAGGAGGACCAAUUGGGCCAGGUCAUAUGGGGCAAGGAGGUGGAGGGCCACCGGGAGGUCCUCACAUGGGUCAAGGUCCAAAUCAGAUGGGCCCAGGAAGUGGACCAGGUUCUCAGAUGGGUCCUGGUGGACCUCCAAAUUCACAGAUGGUACCUGGAGGACCAGGACAUAUGAGUGGGCCACCAGGGCCAGGGCAUAUGAACGCAUCAGGUCCGCCAGGACCUGGUCAUAUGAGUUCGAGUGGUCCACCAGGUCCAGGACAACACGUUAAUACGUCUGGCCCGCCAGGAUCCGGACAUAUGAACACUAGUGGGCCUCCUCCAGGGUCAACGCACAUGAACGCCAGUGGCCCGCCUGGAAGUCAUCUAAACAGCGGACCGCCUAUUCCGAGUCACAUGAACGCGAGUGGCCCACCGGGACCCGGGCACAUGAAUGUUAGCGGGCCAGGAAAUCACAUGGGGCCUGGAGGCCCAGGGCAGAUGCCACCGAGUGGUCCUGGGUCGCACAGUAUGGGACCAGGAGGUCCAAAUCAAAUGGGUCCUGGUGGUCCAAACCAAAUGGUCCCUAGUAGUCAAUCCCCGAUGGGGCCUAGUCCAAUGGGGCCUGUUGGUCCAGGAGGACAGAUGGGUCCAAACGGACCUGGGCAAAUGGGACAUAACGGGCCUUCGCAAAUAGGUCCAAAUGGUCCUGGACAAAUGAACAUGGGAGGUCCAUCGUCUCAAAUGGGAAUGGGACCGGGGGGACCUGGAAGUCAAAUGGGUCCAGGAGGACCCGUCAGUCAAAUGGGUCCAGGAAGUGGGCCUGGAGGCCAAUUAGGACCAAAUGGACUUGGACAAAUGGGGCCGGGGAAUACCCCAGGAGGGCAAAUGCCUCCAGGUAACGGACCAGGAGGUCCUAUGGGUCCUGGAAGCGGUCCGGGUGGACAGAUGGGAUCGAGCAGUGGACCUGGAGGACAAAUGGGUCCUGGAAGUGGUCCUAGUGGGCAAAUAGGACCAGGAAGUGGUACUGGAAGUCAAAUGGGUCCAGGAAAUCCUCCUGGAAAUCCAAUGGCACCUGGAAGUGGUGCUAGUGGGCAGAUGGGUCCAGGUAAUGGACCUAGUGGUCAAAUGGGUCCUGGGAGUGGUCCUAGCGGACAAAUGGGCCCUGGAAAUGGUCCUAGUAGUCAAAUGGGUCCUGGAAGUGGUCCAGGGUCACAAAUGGGUCCAGGUGGACAAAUGGUUCCAGGUGGACAAAUACCACCUGGUGGUCCUUCUAAUCAAAUAGGGCCGGGUGGUCCCGGUAAUCAGAUGGGGUCAGGUGGUCCAAACAGUCAGUUAGGUCACACUGGUGCAAGUAGUGGCCCGAUGGGACCAAAUGGACCGAGUGGACAACCAUCUUCUGGUCCAAUGGGGCCUGGUUCACAGAAUCAACAAAUCGUUCCUGGAGGCACGACACCGAUGGGUCCUGGAGCUCCGGUAAAUCAGAUGAGUCAGACUGGCCCUGGUCCGAUUGGUCCCACGGGGCCAGGCGGUCCACCAGCAGCUGGGCAAGAAAAUUUAAAUGCUUUACAAAAGGCUAUUGACUCUAUGGAAGAAAAAGGACUUCAAGAAGAUCCUCGUUAUUCUCAGUUGCUGGCUCUGAGAGCUCGUCAAGGCAGUAUCAGUGAAAAACAAACAUUUAGUCCACCACAGUUGCAGCAAUUACGUGUACAAAUAAUGGCAUAUCGGUUGUUGGCAAGAAAUCAACCAUUGUCUCAGCAACUUGCUUUAGCUGUUCAAGGUGGAGCACCUCCUCCCCCAGGUAUGGCACAACGUCCCCCUAUAGAUCCAUCUCAAGGACCCGCUACUACCACAGGUCUACCAAUCUCUGGACCAAACGUAAUUGGUCCUGCAGUUCCUCCAAGGUUAGGUUGUCAAACGCCACAACAACAGCAGCCUCCGCAACCAGGUGCCAAGACUAACAGAGUGACUAGUGUAGCAAAACCAGCUGGUUUAGAUCCACUGUUGAUUUUACAAGAACGUGAGAAUAGGGUUGCAGCACGUAUAGCAUUGCGUAUGGAGCAAUUGAGUAAUAUGCCAACCAACAUGCCAGAAGAUCUUCGUAUUCAGGCACAGAUCGAAUUGCGUAUGCUUAGAGUAUUGAAUUUCCAAAGGCAAUUACGAUCGGAGAUUUUAGCGUGUACUCGAAAAGACACCACUUUAGAAACUGCAGUAAACGUAAAAGCCUAUAAGCGCACAAAGAAGCAAGGUCUUCGAGAAGCUAGGGCUACUGAGAAACUUGAGAAGCAACAGAAAUUAGAGGCAGAACGUAAACGCAGGCAAAAGCAUCAAGAAUUUCUUAGUUCUGUUCUUCAACAUGGCAAAGAUUUUAAGGAGUUCCAUCGGAACAAUGUUGCUAAACUGGCUAGGCUUAACAAAGCAGUUCUUAAUUACCACGCUAAUGCAGAAAGAGAACAGAAAAAAGAACAAGAACGUAUUGAAAAAGAACGUAUGAGACGUUUGAUGGCAGAGGACGAAGAAGGUUACAGGAAGUUGAUUGAUCAGAAAAAAGAUAAACGAUUAGCCUUCCUGUUGUCUCAGACCGAUGAAUAUAUCAGUAAUCUAACUGAAAUGGUGAAACAACACAAGAUUGAGCAAAAGAGAAAACAGGUGGAAGAACAGAAGCGUAAGAAGCAAAAAAAGAAGAAGAUGCAAGAUGGCGAAGGAGGUGAAGAUGGGAAUGGUAACGAGGAUAGUCGUGUUGGAGUGAUUGAAACAUCUACUGGUCGCACAUUAACUGGAGACGACGCUCCAUUAAUGAGUCAACUUCAAGCCUUUUUAGAAUCUCACCCAGGUUGGGAACCAAUUGAAUCAGAAAGUGAGGAUGAUGACGAUGAUGACGACGACGAUAAUGACGGUGAAGAAAAAGGCGAACAUAAAGUAAAGGCUCCUGGCGAUCCUGAAGAUGAUAAAGUCAAGAAACCGAUACACAAAGCAAAGGUGGAAGACGAUGAAUACAAAACCGAGGAACAAACGUAUUACAGUAUUGCUCAUACUGUCCAUGAAGUAGUAACAGAACAAGCAUCAAUUAUGGUUAAUGGAAAAUUAAAGGAAUAUCAAAUAAAGGGUUUGGAAUGGCUUGUUUCAUUGUUCAACAAUAACCUGAAUGGUAUUCUUGCUGAUGAAAUGGGUCUCGGAAAAACCAUUCAAACUAUAGCUUUGGUUACUUACCUCAUGGAGAAAAAGAAAGUUAAUGGGCCGUUCCUGAUUAUAGUACCAUUAUCAACUUUGUCAAAUUGGGUGUUGGAGUUUGAAAAAUGGGCCCCCAGUGUAGUAGUAGUGUCGUACAAAGGUUCGCCAGCUGGCAGAAGAGCUAUUCAGUCUCAGAUGAGAGCUACUAAAUUCAAUGUUUUACUCACAACAUAUGAAUAUGUCAUUAAAGAUAAGGGUGUGUUAGCAAAAUUGCAAUGGAAAUACAUGAUCAUUGACGAAGGUCACAGAAUGAAAAAUCAUCACUGUAAAUUAACCCAAGUGUUGAACACACACUACUUGGCUCCUCAUCGACUUCUUCUAACUGGAACACCAUUGCAAAACAAACUACCCGAGCUGUGGGCGUUAUUGAAUUUCUUACUACCAUCAAUCUUUAAAUCCUGCAGUACUUUCGAACAGUGGUUCAAUGCUCCUUUCGCAACCACUGGUGAAAAGGUUGAGUUGAACGAAGAAGAAACCAUUCUUAUUAUUCGUCGUCUGCACAAAGUAUUGCGUCCUUUCCUAUUGAGACGUUUGAAGAAGGAAGUUGAAUCUCAAUUGCCAGAUAAAGUUGAAUAUAUUAUCAAGUGUGACAUGUCAGGAUUGCAGAAGGUCCUUUAUAAACAUAUGCAAAGUAAGGGUGUGUUGCUAACCGACGGUUCUGAGAAGGGAAAACAGGGUAAAGGAGGUGCCAAAGCUUUGAUGAACACUAUCGUACAAUUAAGAAAAUUAUGUAAUCAUCCAUUCAUGUUCCAAGCUAUCGAAGAAAAGUAUUGCGAACAUGUUGGCACCCAAGGAUCCGGGAUCAUUACCGGACCUGAUCUCUACCGUGCCUCUGGCAAAUUUGAGUUGUUGGAUCGCAUUCUUCCAAAAUUGAAAGCAACGAAUCACAGAGUUUUAUUAUUCUGUCAGAUGACACAGUUAAUGACAAUUAUGGAAGAUUAUCUGAGCUGGAGAGGAUUCAUGUAUCUGCGAUUAGAUGGUACAACAAAAGCUGAGGACAGAGGAGAUUUGUUAAAGAAAUUCAAUGACCCUGGUUCCGAGUAUUUCUUGUUCUUGCUGUCGACACGUGCCGGUGGUCUUGGGUUGAACCUUCAGGCUGCUGAUACCGUCAUCAUUUUUGACUCUGACUGGAAUCCUCAUCAGGAUUUACAGGCACAGGACAGAGCGCACAGAAUUGGUCAGAAGAACGAAGUGCGUGUGCUGAGAUUGAUGACGGUUAAUUCGGUGGAAGAAAGAAUAUUGGCUGCUGCUAGAUACAAGUUAAACAUGGAUGAGAAGGUUAUACAGGCAGGAAUGUUCGAUCAGAAGUCAACCGGUUCUGAGCGACAGCAGUUCUUGCAAAGCAUUUUGCACCAGGACGAUGCUGAUGAUGAGGAAGAAAACGAGGUACCAGAUGACGAGACCGUCAAUCAGAUGAUUGCUCGAACCGAAGGUGAAUUUGAGAUAUUCCAAAAAUUAGAUUUAGAACGAAGAAGGGAAGAAGCAAAGUUAGGUCCAAAUAGAAAAUCUAGAUUACUGGAAGAAGCCGAGUUGCCUGAUUGGUUGGUGAAAGAUGACGACGAGGUUGAACGAUGGACUUACGAAGAGGACGAAGACAGGUUCCUCGGACGUGGUUCCAGGCAACGAAAGGAAGUUGAUUACACCGAUAGUCUUACCGAGAAAGAAUGGCUGAAAGUAAUUGAUGACGAUGGUGCUGAGUACGAAGAGGAAGAGGAAGAUGAUAAAAAGAAAAAGAAGACCAGGAAACGAAAGAAAAAAGGCGAGGAAGACGACGAACCUAUGCCAAAGAAACGCAGAGGUGGUGGCUCUUCGAUUGAUCCAAAAAUGAAAAGGGCCAUGAAGAAGUUGCUUAUGAUAGUUGUUAAUUACACCGAUAGCACGGACGGUAGACUCCUUAGUGAACCAUUUAUGAAAUUACCAUCUAGAAGAGAAUUACCGGAUUAUUAUGAAAUUAUUAAGAAACCAUUGACUAUUAAUAAAUUGCUUCAGAAAAUUGAGGAAGGAAAGUAUGCCGACUUUGACGAUCUUGAGAAAGACUUCAUGCAGCUCUGUAAGAACGCGCAAGUUUAUAACGAAGAAGCUUCUCUAAUACACGAAGAUUCCAUUGUCUUGCAGUCUGUCUUUACAAAUGCCCGUCAGCGCAUCGAGGAAGAGGGUAAUAAUUCAGACUUAGACGAUAAAGAUGGCGAAGACGGGUCAGAUGCAGAUUCCAGUGUGAGAAUGAAAAUUAAAUUGAAAGGAAGGAAAGGGGAAGGCAGAGGGGGACGAAGAAAAAGAGUUACUAAGAAAUAUAUAUCAGACGAUGACGAUGAUGCCGACGAUAAUUGAGAAUUGCACGCGAAUUUCUUAGAGCAUACAAGAUAAUAGGUAAGAUAACUUUUAAUAGCUAUCUCAAAUUAAAGUGCUAUCCAUGUGCGCAGCUGUUGCUACAUAGUUAUAUUCUACGAGAUUUUACAGGAAUCCGACUAAACACUUAUAACUUGAUUAUAGUAUAGAAAUACUAUUAUCGGUCAAGUUGUAAAUUUGAAGAAUAAUUACUGAUGAAAAUUAUAAUUUCUUGGAGUCCGUGUUUAAUCGGACUCUAUAGAUUUGAUACGAAAUUAUAUGAAUCAUUUUUUAAUUUUACGUGCAACAUGUACGGUGUACAGUAAGAUUUAGCGUUAGGUAAUUAGUAUGUAAUUUUAUUUGAUUUUCAAGCGGAUAUAUCAAGAUUUAAACUUUAUAUCAAAUUCCUUUGUCGAAUUUCAUAUUCGAGAAUGAAAGCAUCGUAAACGGCACGCGUUAAAAAAUAUAUUGAUAAAGAAUAAAAUGAGAAAAGGAAAUAAUAAACAACUUUACAUGGUCUUUCGAUGGUGUUCGCGUGUAAAGAAUUUAUUUAAUUAUAUUUGAAACUCUUAGUUUGGUUAUUAAUGUUAUUGACUGGCAUUUUAAUCGAUUUAAGUACAAGCAUACAUAAAUAUUUGAAAAGUAUUGCUAUUUAAGACAUUAUUUGAGCAAUGUACCUCACAAUAAGUUAGGGAAAUAUGUUAAUUAUUUUGUUCUUUGGGAUUUAUAUGUAAGCUGAUGUUCUCAUUAUUUGCGCAAAUAGAAAGAAACUAUUACAAAUAACAACUUGCUUCCUUUUCCGUAAUAUUUUGUCGAUCAUUCAGUGAAUCGCAGUACGGAGUUCGUAUACUUUUUCAUGUUGUCAAAAGACGAUUGUAUCAUUUAUAUUGUAUUAUGACUUGAAUUUAUGUAUAAGUAAAUAAAUCUUGAAAAAUUCCCAAGAAA